GGUUGAUAUCCAGUUAUACUAUCAACGUUUACUGAUCGUCAGUUCCACCAUGACCAAGCUGGAUGUAAACCAUGGGGGUUUUUGGAGGGUUUUGUAUGUUUUGUUGCUGGGUCAAUUGGCGUCUUUUUCAUUGGCCUUUAUGAGCUUCAAUUCAUCUCUCUCUGCUAAUCUAGGUGUUAAUGCUCCAUUUACUUUGGCAUUUUUCUCUUAUUUGGCUGUGACAUCAGUGUUUGGAAGCAUCUUGCUGUACCGUCGUCAAAAGCUACAUGUAAGUUCUCAUGGGAACUUAAUCAGAAUCUGUGAGGCUUCGUUAUCUUUUCAAAAUGAUCUUUACUUCUUCAUUUCUUGGUAUUGGUAUGUCCUCUUAGCAGUUGCAGAUGUCCAAGGCGGUUAUCUUGUUAACAAAGCAUACCAGUUUUCUUCCAUCACCAGCGUGACAAUACUCGAUUGUGCAACAGUCGUUUGGGUCAUAAUUCUCACGUGGCUCUUUCUUGGCACAAAGUAUUCCUUAUGGCAGUUUCUUGGGGCAGCUCUAUGUGUUACAGGACUAUGUUUAGUGCUGCUUUCUGAUUCCGAGGUGGGAGGUGGAGGUGGCUCGAAUCCUAUUCUGGGUGAUAUACUUGUGAUUGCUGGGACAUGUUGUUUUGCAUUGACCAAUGUUAGUGAGGAAUUUUGUGUUAAGAAGGUCGGUCGGAUUGAAGUAAUAACAAUGCUUGGUUUAUUUGGAAUGCUUGUGAGCUUAAUCGAGAUUGUAUUUAGUUACUCUGAGGAAGAAGAACAUGUGUCAGUUUUCCAUAACCAUCCCUUAGUUAAUCGAGAUGUAUCCUUUAUGUUUUGUUCUUUCGCACCUCUUGUUCUACAGGCAAGUGGAGCCACACUAUUCAAUCUAUCAUUACUGACAGCCGAUAUGUGGGCAGUGGCCAUUCGUGUGCUUUUAUACCGCCAGAAGGUUGACCGGUUGUACUAUGUGUCCUUCUUACUCGUUGGUAUCGGUCUCUUUAUAUAUACGAAAAUGGAGAAGCAUACCAAUGAGUUACCAGAACUUGAGAAUGGUGAAACUGACCAACCGUACCAGCAGCUACCAGCGGAAUCCGUCCACGUCUAGAUUUAAGUCCAAGGCUGCAUCAAAUUC